AUGCGUACGGUAGACCCCGAGUUAUGGUCGCAGAAACUCAAGAAGCCGGCGAUUAAAGUGACGCGUUCGAAUAACUUUGGCCAAAAUCUAGGUAUUAGAUACGAGAGGAUUAUCCGCAAGAGUCUGGUGGAUGCCGCCAAGGAGUUUUGGGCGAAUUGCUCGAUGCCACUGGUGAAGAUUAUUAAUUUGGAAGAUAACAGCAAAUUGGAGAGGUACUGCUAUAUAUUCCUUCUCGUCCUGAGCUUGGGAUUAGGAAUAGUGAUAGUACCACACACCUGCUAUAAAUUUUAUACAAUCCCACCGUUGGUGAUCAAUGGGCUUCCGUCGCAGGCAUCCAUCGCGAAGGUUCAUUUCCCAGCAGUGGCGUUGUGCAGCAACAAUGUCAUCAGUGGAACUGCACUCAACAACUACACAGAAUACCUCUUUAAGUAUAAAUUUUAUACAUAUUAUAUUGUUGUUUCUGACGCGACAUACGCGUAA